CUUCCUCCUCCAUCCAACCUGGACUACUCGUUUAUCCAGAUGUGCACCCUGAACUGGACGUGGAACCCCCCAGAGAACGUCAGCAGUAGCUGCGACCUGGAGUAUUCCAGCGACAUCGUGAUUGAUGAGGUCCCUCAGGACAAAAGAGAAUGGAGUAAGAGUCGCUUCCGUGUGACACAUACGUACUUGAAUGAGGAAAUGCGUUUCAAAGUGAGAAGUGAAUGCAAGUACGAUAACACCAGCGAGCCCAGCCGAUGGGUGGAGACCGCUCUCCUGCCAAAAGGUAUUCCAGGUACUGCUGCUGUUGGCUUGAACUGUGUUUGGCACAAUUUGGAGUACAUGGCUUGUACGUGGCGUCCUGGGGAGAAUGCAAGCCGUGAUACCAACUACACGUUGUUCUACUGGUUUGAUGGUUUGGAAAAUCAGGAGAAGUGCAACAACUAUUCUGUGGAGCAAGGAAACUUUGAAUGCGUUUUCAAGCUUAGCUUCCCAAAGCUCACCAAUACUUACCCGGCUAUAAGUAUUUUGAUUAGAGAUGAUUCUGAAGACAUUAGGCCCAUGUGUGCGAGUAAAAAUCCUACCACCCUUGUAAAACCUGCUACGCCAAGAAGAGUCACACUGUCAAAGAUUAAUGAUGACAUACAUGUAGAAUGGAGUCAUUCAGACACCUUUCCAGAAAAUUGUUUAUUUUAUGAAGUUAAAUAUCACAAUGGUGAUUUGGACACCACUCCGAUCAUUAAAGUUGAAAAUAAUUAUACAUCAAUUCCUAGCAUUGAUCCUAAUAGCAAGUACAUCUUCAAAGUGAGAGCGAAACCAAAGCCUGAGUGUUACAGCAGCGAGCUCUAUAGCGACUGGAGUGAAGAAAAGAGUAUUGGUGAGAAGAUGGACUCUACAUUCUAUUUCGUUUUAAUAAUCACCAUUCCAUUAAUAGUAGCAGUAUCUACGAUAAUUCUACUAGUUUACCUAAAAAGGCUGAAGAUACUAAUUCUUCCACCAAUUCCAGACCCUAGAGAAAUUCUUAAGCUCAUGUUUGGAGACCAGAAUGAGGAUUCCCAGGGCUGUGCAAAGGAUGAUUCUGUGAAUACAUACGACAGGUUAAUUAAGGAAGAGGAAAUACAUUCUUUAGUUUUAACAGAAACUCCAGAGUGCACUAAUUCUGAAAAAGAAAACGAGGAGGAAGUAGCCAAGAGCUUUGUUGCUAGUGCAGAGCAGACCUUUGCCGAGCUGUUUUCCCUCUGGCAGAUACGGAACCUGUGUUUUCUAACAAGCAGGACCCAGCAGCCUGUGAGCAGCCCCUCUGGGACGUUUGACGACGUGCUACACCCUGCUCCAGGGCUCCCAGCAGCAGAGGAUGGGUGCUGUGGUCGUGCAGCAUAUGGCCCUGAUGGAGCCACCUCUGCUGCUACACUUCACGGUGAGCAGGUGACCUCUGCACCACGGGCUUCCUAUGGGAUUGCGGACAUCCAGCGCUGGCUCCUGGAGGAACAUCUGUCAACACAAUACAAAUAUGAUUUCUGCUCCUGCCAGAUCAAGAGAAAUUGGUGCAAUGGGACAAAUAAACCGGAAAGGAUCCGAGGAUGA